UGCAAAAGCUUGAACUUCCACUUAAGCUGCAAUGUGCAACCUUACAUCUGCUGCAUCAGCAAGUCAUGGACUGCUUCUCAGCCAUCUUAUACCUGCUUCGGUCUAUAAGCUUUCCCUAGUGUCACACGGAAAAAGCCACCAUGGAAAGGCUCUUGACGCCUUGUUCUGUGAACUUGCUGCUAGGAAAGACGAACAGGUGCCUGCACUUGAAGAAUUUUACCUGUCCUGCCCUAGAUAUGCAGAUAGUCUGUACAAGGAGCAGUGUGAAAAGCUGGCUGCAGAGACAGAAAAAGCAGGUGUCAUUUUACAUCUAACGUCAUGGGUGCUCUGGACGGACUUGACAUGGACUGAAGAAAUGGUUAAUGACAGGCAAACACUACUGCCCCGUUAAUGGUGG